AUGGCCGCCGUCCAGACCCUCGCGCUGCCGCACCUGUCGCACGCGCCGGUGCACGUCGCCCUGUUCAAGGAUGUCAGGAAUGCCGCCUUCCUGCGCCGCCAGCUGCUCGAGGGCAACCAAGCCUUUGAGUACGCCUUCCUCGACGCCACUGCGCUGCUGUCCACCACCCAUGUCCUGGCCGCCGUCUUCCGCGCCCUCAACGACCAGCUCAAUGCGCGCCUCAAGAGCCGCAACGUGCACUCCGAGAUCGUCUUCUCGCUGAGCCCAAACAACAACAUCGCGGACUCUUUCCGACGCUUCGGCGUCCAGGAUACGACGACGACCCUGCUAGCUGUCAAAGUCCCCACGGAUGGCGUCCCUCUUUCUGCGGAUCAGGUUCAAGCGCACCUUUCCGCUUCCGUCGAGGGCACUGCCGUUCCGUUCACCGACGAGAGCUUGUCCGAGUUCAGCGACCUGGCUCGGAUACGUAAGACUUACAAGCUCGACGCAGCUCUGCCCAGCCAAAAGGGCAAGAACCCGCCCAAGAACAAAAAGCAGUCUAACGGCGUUGCUUACCUGAAUGGCUCUACUGCUGACCAAAGCCCCCCGGCCGAUGACAGGAAGGAAAUGGAGGCUUGCAUCCUGGGAAUCAUGGCGCUAAAGGGAUCUUAA